UGCUCGUCUCUCCUCCUCCGCAGUGCACUGCUGGGGGCAGCGCGGGAGCGCGCGCACACGGACUCACAUACACACACACACACACACACACACACGCACGCACGCACGCAGAGAGUGCUGCUGAAGCGCGCGGAGGUCCGGAGCUGCACUUGCACGCGGGAGUUCAGUAUGAGCUACAACACAGAGUGAGAGGACGGAGGGCGCGAGGCGGACACGAUGGACACGCGGCGCUGGACACUGCUGUGGGCAGCGGUGGCAGUAGUGUGUGGCUCUAAGCAAGAACGGGGAGUGGAGGAGGUGUGUAGCUCUGGUCAAUACACCCUCAGCGGGGAGUGCUGUAUAGAAUGUCCACCAGGGGAAGGGGUCGUUCAUAAGUGUGGACGUAACCAAACCGUGUGUGGCCAGUGCCUUGACAGUGAGACGUUUUCGGACAGUUACAGUCACACAGAGUCGUGUCAGCAGUGUACAGAAUGCGUGGGCUUAAUGCGCAUGCACACCCCCUGCACAGACUCCAACGAUGCCGUAUGCGUGUGCAACUACGGCUACUACCAGGAUGCUGUGUCGGGCCGCUGCGAGCCGUGCACGGUGUGUCCGCGUGGUCAGGGUGUGUAUGCGCGCUGCGAGUCUGACCACGACACGCUGUGUGAGCCGUGCGAGGACGACACCUACUCAAGUCUGGAGAGCUCACUAGAUCCCUGCCUGCCCUGCACCCUCUGCGACGAGAACACUGAGAUUCAGCUGAAGGAGUGUACUCCUUUUGUCGACGCUGUGUGCUAUGAUCCAUCAGCCCCAACUACAACUUUCAGCCCCACUCUGGACCCCUCAUCCCUUCCUUGGGACGAGGACGGUGGACUCCGGAGCCCUGGGCCAGACGAGGAGACGACCACAGCCAAGCCCAGCUCACCCCGCUUCAUUGGCACUGGCUUUGAUCUAAACCUCAUCCCCAUCUACUGCUCCAUACUGGCAGCUGUACUGGUGGGGCUACUGGCCUACAUUGUCUUUAAGAGGUGGAACAGCUGCAAACAGAACAAGCAGGCAGCCAACAACCGUGCCGCUACGGCCAAUCAGACUCCAUCUCCGGAAGGAGAGAAGCUCCAUAGUGACAGUGGCAUCUCAGUGGACAGUCAGAGCCUGCAAGAGCAGCAACAGCAUCAGCAGCAACAACAACAACAGCAGCAGCAGCAGCAGGCUCACACACAGCUGCAUGUGCCCGAGCAGAUUGUGGUACGAGUGGAUGGCGGGGCUCAGCCUGACCCUCCUCCACCUCAGGCCUGAGGGACAAGGCAGAGGAGCUGAAAUCUUCAAGCGGAGGAGGAAGGAGGAAGGAGGAAGGCGAUGAGGGAGCAGGAAGAGCAAGGAGAGGAAGUGGCAUAUUAUUCUGCUGGUUAUUAGCAAACUGUGGCCAUGAGACCAGACUUAAGCUCUGCUGAAACCCUGUAUGGACAUCACACAGAUGCUCUGGAUCAUCUGGGCUUAAAGAACCACUCCAACCCACUUCUGCAUAAAUACCACCACUUUAGCAGCACACUCCAAGGUCAAUGCCCUGCAAGACUGAAACCCAGCUCAGAUAACACAAGCAGCUGACAUACAAGGUGACAAUUUGAUCUGAAUUAGGCUUCAGACACUUUCACAAGACCUGAACUCCUUUGAUGUUUGAGGUGAUGAGACACAGGCACCUAAUGAUAUUGUUUAUUCCACACCACCGACCAAAUCCGAAUGGCCUUAUAGCAUUCCUUAAUGUCUAUUAUAAAGCUUUGAAGAUGUAUAGUCUGCCAUACAUGUAUGUAAAACCACAUGUUUAUGUUUUCCAGUAACAACGUAAUCCACCAGGUAAUCAACAUGGACACUUAUUACACUAACACAAGCAGCACUGCAAGUUUUAAAGGCACUCUCAGAUCUGAGAAAGAUCUGAACUCUGAUGAAUGAGAAUUCUGGACUUGGCUCUGAAGUGGACUCUAUGAGAAUGCCUCAAAUGAAUAAUCAAGAUCCUUCCUCAUUUUUGUUUCAAGUCUUUGUUUGUGAAGCUCUUCAUUCCCACAUAAAAGAAAGGGCCAGAUUCUUGCAGAGUUCUGAAAGGUUGCAGGAGCUGCCCAUUUAGGACCAGGCCUGAGAGCAGCACUGGUUUCAGCCCUAAUGGUAGUUUUGUGGAGAAAAGCUGAUCCUGGAACAGCAAGUGUGUGCGACAUAUCGAAAGGUGACAUUUACUGACCUUUACUUCUGUAAUGACUCAGAUCUAUACUUAGCUCUCUCUCUCUCUCUCUCUCUCUCUCUCUCUCACUGCAGAUAUUCUUUUCUGAUAAACCCACAUACAGUCUCUGUUUCCUACAGACACACAUAUAUAGAUACACACGCACGCAAUGCAUCAUAUUUCCUGCUCUACUGCCUCACCUUAUCCAGGUCGAUGCAUGGUCAUCUCAGGUCUCUCAGGCCUAUGUGAUGAUGCUAUUGUACUUUAUAAGGUGUGCGCUGCAGUGCUACACAGCAGUGUGAACUGGCCAGAUCUGACAAAGUCGUCCUCCAUUUAAUGCUGCUUCUGCCUCACAUACAUAUAAGAGGGGUGUAAUGAUGUACAGAACUCAUAGCUUGGUUUGAUUCAGUAGACGCAUUUGAUCCAGCAAAAACAAAUAGUGCCCAAAAAUGUGCCUUAGGUUUCUAUUUUCAAUUUAUUAGAAAAUCCAGCACAUUCAACACCAAAGGCAGAGAGACAAAAAAAAAAAUACACUGGCCGCUGGGGCCAAUAAAGCCAAUGAAACUUGUGGCCAAAAUUAAGAAUUUGUUUCCAGAAUGAUGGAAACUAGUUCAUUAUAUUUACAUUCUGUUUACAAUAUGCAUGCUUCGGUACCAAAAGCAAGUCAGGUGUUACUUGUGAAAAAGGAAAUUUCCAGCCCAAGAUAUUUCAUUAGGUACUGUUUAGUGUAACGCCAGCUUAUUUAACUUACAUAACUAUUUUACUGCAUAAGUAAAUUUUCAACUAAUGCAACAGCAUCUAUGGCAUCAGGCAAGACAGCACAGCAGGGGUGACCACCUCACCAUUCAGGCCACACGCUCUGCAGUUUUAGUGGCCAAAAUGUGAAAUGCUGUGGAGAAAUGUUGGAGAAUUGGACAGUAGGUUCUGUCCACCCCUGUUCUACACUAUCAAAGUACAAUAUUGAAUGGCACAGUGGAGAUUUUCCUGACCCAUUCCAGCCAGUUUCUCAGCUGCUUAAACCUUAAUGCUUACUAAAAUCAGAUGUGGUGAGAAAAACUAAUUAUGAAACAUCACUUCGGCUCAACAACCACAUGAGUGUGCAGUCUAAGUCAGAUUUUUAAGAUAAAUGUAUAAAUCAUGCUAGCAAAAUAAUGUUUAACUUAUUAUAUGUCAGCUAUUACUCUAGCAAUGAGAUAUGUUAGCUACAAGCUGACAAGCUAUCUAUGAGCUGAAAUGCUAGUUAUACGCUGAUAUGCUAGCCACAACCUCAUAUGUUUGCAAUGAUAUGCUAGCCAGAAGUUGAUACAAUAGCCAAGACCUAAUACUGUAGCCAUGAGCUCAUAAGGUAGUCAAAGGCUGAUAUAGGAGCCAUGACCUAACAUGCUAGCCAUGAGGUAAUACAGUAGCCACAAGCUGAUAUGCUAGGCAUGAGCAAAAGGCUAGUCACUUGUCUAAUAGCUUGCUUGUGAAAUACAUGCCUUAUUUCUCCAAGGAAUUCAAAUUCAGGGUGAAUUUGACAUGAAUUUUUUAAUUGAUCAAUAUAAACCAUAUUUUAUAAGGAGUACACUUUUGUUCUACUCUACUGAAAAAAACAGUGCGAAGUCCAUGCUGGUCUAAGCUGGUCUAUGUUUGUUUAUGCUGGUCUUGUAUGAGUCUGAUGCUGGUUUAGCAUACCAAAACACAAGGUAUGCUGGUUUUGCUGGGGUUUUCUAGCAGAGAAACUGCUGGCCUGUGCAGAUUUUUAUAGCAGAGUAGUCUAUGUAUUUUGAAUUGUGAGCCUUGUCUCAAACAUGACACAAUGUAUUGUUACACCUCUAAUACAGACCAUUCACCACCCACCCAUCACCAUAAUUCCCAGAAUAAUAUAAAAUGAUUCAUUUUGUUGCUUUCCAUGAUUCAUCCUCACACUUUCUAUUCACUGUGUCUCACCAUGUCUGGCCCAUAUUCCCACCACCAUAUGUCGUUCUUCCACUCUCCUUAAAUCCAGACCAUUGGGUAAAUGAUUCAUGUCAUGGCUGCUAAAUGGGCCACAUGUGGCAGACUGUGGUCCAUUAGAAGAUCUAAUGCGGUUGGGUUCCAUGGCCAGCUCAUCAUCACUGUGAUAGCAUUGGCCAUAUUCAACAUUAAGGAAGGAAAAGUGUCAUGUCACCAUACUGGAGUUGUUGCUUGGAAGUGAGGUUAUCGGAAAUUAUAGUAAGAAAAGUUAACAGCACCAGAGUAUUGCUUGAGAAAGAACAGUCCAGUUCAGUAUAAGUGCAGAUGAACACAUAUAUUCAGUACAUGCACCACAACAGAAAAACCCAACGCAAUUAAUAUCACCUGCUGUUUUCCUUGGAUUGCAUCCAUCCUUCAUUAAGCUAAUGAGCAGGAUUAUGGGCCUGGGUAGAGAGGCAUUCAGCAUGCACGUACACACGUACAUACACACUCAGUGACAGUUUCUAAUGUGUCUGCUGCAUGGCUUUGUAGAGAAUAUGGGUAGCAUUAGGCCAUAUUCUGCUCCACCACCUCAGGAGCUUACAGUCUAGCACAGCACAGACAAAGACUACAUUCACAUUGCUAACCUUAGUCUUCAGUUUCAACUUUUUUGUCCGAACUGAACUUUGUCAUGACAAUUCCCAUUUACAUUUAUUAAAGUAACAGAAUGUGCACAUUGUAUUGUUAUUAUCUGCUGUCGUUAGCUGCUGCUGACACGCCACCAACAAUAGAUGAUGACAACGGCAGUAUAUGCAUUCGUAGAGUUAUGCAAAACAAAUAAUCAAACAAAACACAAGAAUUUCAAUCUAACCAUUUUCAUUAAGGCCACACACUAGACGUUUACGCAACUAAUAUGAAUGCCACUCAAAUCUGAUUUGAAUAGAUCAAUUUUUUUGUCCACAUUGUGCUGAAAAAAUCACUUUCAAACAAUAUUCAUGACACUUCAGUUCUGUAAUGUGAAUGUAGCCAAAAUAGAGAACAGUGGGAUUUAAACUGCAAUAACAAAAUAACACUGUUUUCCUAUUUGUAUUAUUUUACUCAGGCUUAUGUAAAGAUGUAAACAGGCUAUGCUAAAAUGACUGCAUACAGUAAUUAUCAUACAUUUGUUUAUUUGGCUUGGACCAGUUGCAGAACACUCUUGUGGUCAGAUAGCAGUUUGACAGAUCCUAGUCCAUCUGGUCCACAGCCAUGUUGUUCUGUUCCAUAGUAACAUUUCAGUAAGCUAAUGUGAGCUAUGGCUUGGCAUGUUAAGCUGAGAUCUAUACUGCUAUAACUUCACCUCCUGUGUCUGGCAGAGCUACAGAAGAGUCUGUUCCCCUGCAUUAUGCUUCAGAACGGGCUCCUCCCCUCCACUAAGCUGGGUACAUUCCAUUAAAUCAUUCUAUGGAGCAUAUCAUUGGCCUUCUUUAGCUAGCUGCCUAGCUAUGUUUGGGUUUAAUGUGUUUUAUGGCUCCAUCACCUCACUCAUGGGGCUCUGCACUGCUGUUUGUUGUCAGAUUGGCCUUCUUAAAAGCACUUACCAAUGAGAAAGAGAGACAAGUUUCUCUCUAGCUCAUAUAUUUUCUCUUGAGUGAGUUCUCUGUGUAUGUGUGUGCUGUCAAAGUCCGGCCGUUGCCUUUGCCUGUACAGUGAAAUGAAUGCAAAACAGGAAUCUCAGUCAUGGGGAAUGCUGAUGAUGUUGCCACAGCUUGGAUAUAGCUCCAGAGUACUGAUACAUUUGCAUAAGAGUAUAGAUGGAGAGAGAGACUGAAAGAAUAAUUGACAUAAAAAAGUAAACUAAAUGUGUCAUUUGACCAGGGGUCCGUCUCAUGAAGCAGGAUUUGCCAACUUUAAAGUUGGAUCCCUGGAUUUUUUCACAACAGUGAAUCCCUUUUUACAUUUGAGGAGCCAAUCAUAUGAAUGACAUAGCUUUUUUAGCAAAGGGAGCAAAUCAAACCACAUAAAUAUUAAGAAUAAAAAGAAACUGUUACGCUAAUAAGCAAUAACUCUGUGGCAGUUGAGACAGUGUUGCAUAUCACUGUUGUGAGUGCUUCACAUUCUACAUAUUUAUGCGGAUUUCUUCUUACUUGCUUUGAGAAAUAAGCCAGUCAAUUUCUCAUGUGUACAUACACGAGGAUUAAUCACAAUCUAAACUUGGCUUUACACAGAAAAUUCUUAACUGCUUUCACUGGCUCCAAUUUUUAGGUUUCGUAGGGUUAAAAUAUAGUCAGGAACCCUGUCCAAGUUGAACUUGCUUCAUGAGUCAGGCUUCAGGGAUGCCCAAACUAUUGCAUUCACAUUACAAGUCUUAUUGGUCAAUUCUGUUUUUUUUUUUUUUUUACUACUCUGAACUGAUGGUACGCAUUUAUUUUCUGUAAGUGAGCGUGAUCAGACGCUUGCCCUGAAAACAUGUUGAAUCUUGUCAAAUCAGAUUUGAGAAACUUUCAUAUCGUUCCAGAUGAUCUGAAAUAUUCAGAUAACUGUCUAAUAUCGCUGCUGUCGGAAAAAAACCUCGUAUCUACAUUUUUUGUCACUUUUCAGUCUUCAAUUUUCAGUUCAAUUUGAAAAGGCCUGUUUACCCAUUGUGUUUCAUUUCAUGAAGAAUGGAC